AACAGUAUAAAAGAAGAGGAAGUUUUUAAUAUAUUAAGAAAACAAUAUGUUGCAAGAUUUAAUUAGAAUAUAUUGGCCCAUAGAUAUAAUCAAAUACGAGGAAUGUGGACUAUUAAUUGGUCUUCAGGACUCUCAAAAUGAUAUAUUUGUAAUCACAUGUAUUAAAAACAUUGAGAAAGACAUACUAGAAAAAUAUAUUCAGCAAAUAAUCCAGGAAAAAAAGGAACCAUUUAGGAAAAUCGAAAAAUUAUGUAAUAAACAAUAUCCUAGAAUUAUCGGGACAUUACGUUCUACAUCAAAUAAUUGUAAAUGUAUUUUUGAUUACGAAAAAGUUUGGAUUGAUGCUAUAUUGGACAAAAAUACAAAAUUUCCUCAAUUUUAUAGCAAAAAAGAUUUUUCGAAAACUAUCCAAGUUAUUCUAUAUUAUAGCCCGAACUCUUAUAAAAUGCAGUAUUAUUCUCUUAAACCUAUAGGAUUGGAACUUAAAAAGAAAAUUAACACGGAAAACAUAGAUUUUAAGGAUAACACUACAAAAAAAUCAGAGCUUCAAGAGCGGUUGAAAAUGCAUGCUUUUCAUUAUAAGUUGUUAAAAAAUCCAGAAUUGUAUUUUUCUGAAAAUACAUUAAAACAGAUUAACAACAAUAGAGAGCUUUCAAUUGUCCUGAAAAAUAUUAUUAAAGAACAUUUUAAUAAUAAUAGUAAUAAUCAUAAUAAUAGCAGGCCUCUAGCUUUAUCUACUAAAAUACAAAAAAAUACAGACUAUUUUAAAAAAACAUAUUUAUAUUUAUUUCAAUUUCUAUCUACUAUUAUAUUUUGGAUUAUGUUGAUUCAAAAAGCAAUUUCUGAAGCUAUUCUUUAUAUAAUUGAAUGGAAAUUAUAUCAUAAUUGGAUUUCUCUAAAAGAUAUUUCUGCAAUAGUUCAGCAAAUUGAUAUGAGAUUACAACAGUUUUGUUACUGGCCUAUUCAAUAUCAAGCAUUACUAAACAGAAAAAAAGAAUAUCUAAACAUUACAACAAGUUAUCCUAACUACAUUCGUUUUUAUAAUAAUUUAUGGUUGAUUGCUAAUGAUAUAAUAAUUGGGAUAAUUUUUGGAUCAUAUCUUAUAGAAAAUAAACACAAAUUAAUUCAAAGUAUCAAUUAUAUUUCUAAUAUAUAUACGAUAGAAAGUUUACAUAAUAUGGUUUUUUGGUUAAUGAAUUGGCCAGCCGGUUUGAAAUUAAACAGCGAAUUAGCAGGAUUUCUUGGGAACCUCUUUUUAAGGCUUUUAGAGAUUUGGAAAGGAUGGAUUAUAACAAUAAACUCAUAUCUUCCAAUUCUUAUCCAGAUAGCAGCAAUACCUAGUUUCAUGGGAUUUUCCAUAUUUGUUUCAUUUCUAAACGAUGCAUUAUCUCUGCUAACACUUCAUAUUUAUAUAUUUUAUAUUGCAUCUGCUCUAAUAUAUAAUUGGCAGCUCACUAUUUUAAUAUCAUUAUUUCAUCUAUUUCGUGGAAAAAAAAAAAAUAUAUUAAGGAAUAGGAUUGAUUCUUGUGAUUAUGGCAUAGAUCAAUUAGUUCUGGGGACUAUCUUAUUUACAUUAUUUGCAUUCUUAUUUCCAACAAUUUUGGCAUUUUAUUUUACAUUCGCUUCAGCCCGUAUGAUUAUAAUAUUUAUAAAAGCUAUUUUGGAUACUGCUCUAACAUUUACAAACCACUUUCCUUUAUUUGCAAUUAUGUUAAGAAUCAAAGAUCCUUUUCGUCUUCCAGGAGGAAUUCAUUUUGAGUUAGUGAACUUUAAACCUUCAAAUAAAUCAAAAAUAUCUUUAAAACCUAUUCAAACAUCUUACAUAUUUUUAAGGUCUAUACCUCUUUCACUUGAAUCCAUGUUCUGUCAAUAUUCAAGACUAUUUGAAAGAUUAAAGUGUCAUUAUUUUUCCAAAGAAAUAAUUAUCAACUUAAUUAGAGGAAUCAUAGUUCCUAUAAUUCCUAGAGAAAAACUUUAUACUCUUCAAUACUCCAUGCUUCCUGAAAAAAGAAUAAGCAUAAUUGAACUUAUAAAAAUAAAUUCUAAUCAAUAAUUAUAUUUUAAAUAAAAAU